AUGGCAACGGUUGAUCUGAUACGUAACGUUUUAAUCUACCGGCUCGGUCCGUGCGUUUUUGACGGUCGGGAUCUAUUCGACUGCAACUCGAUGAAUUCCUGCUACGAGAAUCUUCUCGAUCUCAGCGCUACCAAGAUCGACGCAACCGAUUGUCCGACAAACAAACUCGGAAAACACUGGGCCACGGCUUUUACCGUCGCGCAUUCCGUGAGGUUUGCCACAAUCGUACUGCUGCAAAGCUUCAUGCUUUCCAGAUCGACAUCGGCCCAAUCUGCAAAACGAAACUCGAAUGCGGACGACGACGACGAUGACGACGAACAUGUGAAAGAAAGCCGACGCGGCGGUGGUGGUGGUGGUAGUGAAGACGACGACGACGACGAAGAUGAUUUGUUUGUUAGAGGACGAGAUAUAAUUCAUAAGCCAAAGAAAUUUAAUGAAAAUGUCGACUCUUCUGCAUCAUCAGAAGACGAGUCAUCGGACGAUGAAAAUAACACGGUACCUGAGACAUCGGACGAACAGAGUUCGGAUGAAGAGAUCUCGGACGAAGGCUACUCGGUCGGUGAUUCCCCGGACGAUGAGGUGUCAUCCGAUACGGACACUGUUAUAGUGGACGAUGACUGGUUGAAAAGAAAUAAUCUUAUGUAG